GUGACUCCGCGGACUCCGGCCCCUGACCAAGAUGGCGGCUACGACGGCGGAGGAGCCGCGCAGCUCUCCCGAGUUGAGAGACGAGGGAGGCCUGGGCGCUCUGGGGGGCCUGGGCGCUCUGGGGGGCCUGGGGGGCCUGGGGGGCCUGGGGGACCUGGUGGACCUGGGGGAUGAGACGGGAGCGGGGCCAGCAGACGGCGACGACGCGGAGGAGCUGUUCGCCAGCACGGAGAGCACCCUGGAGCCCAGCCCGUCCAGCCCGGACGCGGGCAGCCCCAGCGAGGAGGAAGACGACGACGAAGACGACGACGACGCGGCGGUGGCGGCGGCGGCGGCUGGGCCCCAGGGGCGACUCGGGGAGGCCCAGGGGACCGGGGCCCCCGACAGCGGAGAGCACGCGACCCCGCGGCAGGAGCAGCAGGCCCUGCUGGAUGACAGCGACGGCGACGACCUCUUCGGCGAUGGCCCUGAUGAGGAUGACGAGGAGGUCCGCCCGGCUCCCCCUGCGGGCUCGGCUCUGCUGGAGUCGCCCCCCCUCGUACCGCCCGCCCCAGCGGAGCAACACCAGAGACCCCCAGCACGGGACGCACAGCACUCACCCAGCAGCAUUGACGAGGUGGAGGAGGAGGAGGAGGUGGGGGACAAUGUCUGUGACCUGGUCGUCAAUGUCACUGAGCCUGAGAAAGUCGGUGAUGGCAUGAACGCCUACAUGGUGUAUCACGUCCACACCAAGACCUCGCUGAGCGGGUUCCGCGGAUCUGAGUUUGGGGUGAAGCGCCGAUUCAGCGACUUCCUGGGGCUUCACUCGAAGCUGUCCACCCGGCACGGCGCUGUGGGGGUCAUCGUGCCCCCCGCGCCCGAGAAGAGCGUCAUCGGGAUGACAAAGGUGAAGGUGGGGAAGGAGGACCCCUCCUCCGCGGAGUUCGUGGAGAAACGGCGCUCCUCGCUCGAGAGGUACCUGCAAAGAGUAGCGAAGCACCCGACCCUCCUGCAGGACCCGGACUUCCGCGACUUCCUGGAGCGCGACGAGUUGCCCCGUGCUGUCAGCACUCAGGCGCUGAGUGGAGCCGGACUCAUGCGAAUCGUCAGCAAGGCGGCCGAGGCUGUCAACAAGAUGACUAUCAAGAUGAGCGAGCUGGACCCAUGGUUUGAGGAGAAGCAGCUGCAGUUUGAGAGCCUGGAUCAGCAGCUACGGAGACUGCACGGGAGCGUGGAGGGGCUGGUGGUGCACCGGAAGGACCUGGCGCUGUGCACGUCUGCGUUUGCGCGCAGCGUGGCGAUGCUGGGCACCUCGGAGGACCACACGGCGCUGUCGCGCGCGCUCUCCCAGCUGGCCGAGGUGGAGGAGCGGGUCGAGGGCCUGCACGGCACCCAGGCCCACGCCGACGCCUUCCUGCUGGCCGAGCUGCUCGCCGACUACGUGCGGCUCAUCGGCUCCGUGAAGGCCGUGUUCGACCAGCGAGUGCGCUGCUGGCAGCGCUGGCAGGACGCGCAGGUCACGCUGCAGAAGAAGCGCGAGGCCGAGGCGAAGCUGCAGUCGGGGGCCGCCGCCAAGGGGGACAAGCUGCAGCAGGCGCGCGACGACAUCCACGAGUGGGAGGGGAAAGUGGAGCAAGGAGAGGCGGAGUUUGAGUCGAUCUCCAAAACGAUUCGCACAGAGGUGGCGAGAUUCGAGAGGGAGCGAGUGAGAGACUUCAAGCACGCGGUGGUGUCUUACCUCGAAGCCCUGGUGCACACGCAGGCACAGGUGAGGCGUGUGACGGGGUGUGACGCUAUAACGAGGUACAGUGAGGUGUGACGAGGUGGGAGUGUG